CUCGCCGAUGUUCGGCACCAAUGGCCGGAAGAGAUCUGGAUCUGGUUACGACAACAAUCACGAGCCGUCGUCUCCGAAAGUGACGUGCAUCGGUCAGGUUAGGGUUAAGACGAGGAAGCAUGUGAAGAAGAAGAUGAGAGCGAGAUCUACGAGGAAAGGUGAGACGAGCUUCCGGAGAUCCACGGACCAGAGCGACGGCGGUGGCGGAAGAGGAGGAUGCCGCUUCGACGCGAGCGAGAACCGAUCCUCGUGUACGGAUGAUAGCCACCGCAGGGAUCGGGACGGUAGACAGACGGAGAGCGACGCAUGCGGCGGCGGAAGCUCCUGCGGCGCGGUGUUCACUCGGUGGUUCGUGGCGGUGGAGGAGACUGGAGGGAAGAGGAGAGAGAUAGAGCUCGUCGUAGGCGGAGAAGACGACGCGGAGCAGGACCAACGGCAGAGGAGUCGCCGGAGACACGUGUUCGAGGGGCUCGACUUCAGCGAGUUAGAGGUGAAGCCAGAGAAGAAAGAGAAAGAAGAAGAAGCUGGCCGGAUCGCCAUCUGCGCUCCGCCGAAGAACGCGUUGUUGCUGAUGCGGUGCAGAUCCGACCCGGUGAAGGUGGCUGCGCUCGCGAACAAAGUCCGAGAAACGCAGAAGUCUCUGAGCGACGAUGCGAAAGCAGAGGAAGAGGACAACGGCGUAGCAGCAGUAGAAGAAGAAAUUAAGGGGAGAAGAAGGGUUGAGCUGGAAAUGGAAGACAAGAAGCGAAUCGAGAUAUGCGAGAAAUGGAUUUCCGGCGAGAUAGCUCCUGACAGUGAAGUCGCAGAAGCAGAACCCGCUUUGGUCUCACGAGUGGAGAAAGAGGAGGAAGAAGUGAAAGCCAUGGAAGAUUCGGUCGUGAAAGCAGAAGAGUCAAAAGUUCUAGAAGAACCAUGCGAGGAAGAAAUGGAAGCAACGUUCAUGAGAAACAUCGAAGAUGACAUCAGGCACGCUUUGGAAGAAGACGAACAAUGGGCAGAGAUGACAGAUUUGGCUGCGAAGGAGGAAGAAGACGACGAAGACAUUGAUUCUGCAACUCAAAACGAAGAAAGAUCCGAACCCGGAGACCCGGACAACCCAAAGAAACCAGAACCCGACCCGAAUCCGGCGCCGGAGGGGAGAGAAAAUCAACCGGAGGCAACGGAGAAGGAAACGGCGCCGUACAAGGUUUUGCCGGACUGUCUGCUGUUGAUGAUGUGCGAGCCAAAGCUAUCAAUGGAAGUCUCAAAGGAAACAUGGGUCUGCAGUACGGACUUCGUCAGAUGGUUGCCGGAGAGACCGCCGGCGAAGAAACCAGACGGCGGCGGAAGAGACCAGCACAAGAAGCGAACCGCCACCGCCGCCGAGUCCACCGCGUCUUCACGCCGGCGCUCUACCGACAAACCCUUUGUGAACCCGGUUCUGUUGCAGCCGCCUCGGUCGUCCUGCUCCAUCAUCAGUGAAUGA